GCCACAAAAUGAUAUAUAAAAUGGUGCCACUAUGUUUCCGGCAGCAUAUGCUCUCUAUCCCAUAAGGCCUAAGCCACACACACACAUCAUUUCUCUUUUUUCUCUUGGGAAGCUGGAAUUUUAAUUCUUGAAAUUUAGUUUCUGCACUGAUUCAGUUCCAUGGCGCUUAAUUUGCUUUCUCCAGCUGAACUCAAAUCCGUUUCUUUCUUAGAUUCCACCAGGUCCAGUCAGCUCCCCAAGCUUCCAGGCAGUUUCAGUUUGAAAAGGAAGGAAUUUGGAAGGAAAGUGCAGUGUUCAGCACAGGCACCACCACCAGCCUGGCCAGGAAGAGCAGUUGCAGAGCCAGGCCGUAAAACUUGGGAUGGUCCUAAGCCUAUUUCAAUAGUUGGAUCCACUGGCUCUAUUGGUACUCAGACGUUGGAUAUUGUGGCUGAGAAUCCAGAUAAAUUCAGAGUUGUAGCACUUGCUGCUGGUUCCAAUGUUACUCUUCUUGCUGAUCAGGUUAAGACUUUCAAACCUCAGCUUGUUUCUGUUAGAGAUGAGUCAUUAGUUGAUGAGCUUAAAGAGGCUUUAGCUGAUGUUGAUGAAAAGCCUGAGAUUAUUCCUGGAGAGCAAGGAAUUGUUGAGGUUGCUCGCCAUCCAGAUGCUGUCAGUGUAGUUACUGGAAUUGUAGGUUGUGCAGGCUUGAAGCCUACUGUUGCUGCAAUAGAAGCUGGUAAAGACAUAUGCUUGGCCAAUAAAGAGACUUUAAUUGCUGGAGGUCCUUUUGUCCUCCCUCUUGCUCACAAAUAUAAUGUAAAAAUUCUUCCAGCUGAUUCCGAACAUUCUGCCAUAUUUCAGUGCAUUCAGGGGCUGCCUGAGGGUGCACUGCGGCGCAUUAUUUUAACUGCCUCUGGUGGUGCUUUCAGGGAUUGGCCUGUUGAGAAAUUGAAAGAUGUUAAAGUAGCUGAUGCUUUAAAGCAUCCGAAUUGGAAUAUGGGGAAAAAGAUUACUGUAGACUCUGCUACCCUUUUCAAUAAGGGACUAGAAGUAAUUGAAGCCCAUUAUUUGUUUGGAGCUGACUAUGAUAACAUUGAGAUAGUAAUUCAUCCUCAAUCCAUUAUACAUUCAAUGGUGGAAACAGAGGAUUCAUCUGUUCUUGCACAGUUGGGGUGGCCUGAUAUGCGUAUUCCAAUUCUAUACACCAUGUCAUGGCCUGACAGAAUUUACUGCUCUGAGAUAACCUGGCCUCGCCUUGAUCUUUGCAAGCUUGGGUCUUUAACAUUUAAAGCUCCUGACAAUGUAAAAUACCCAUCUAUGGAGCUUGCCUAUGCAGCUGGACGGGCUGGAGGCACCAUGACAGGAGUCCUCAGUGCUGCUAACGAGAAAGCUGUAGAGAUGUUCAUCGAUGAACAGAUCAGCUACCUUGACAUUUUCAAGAUUGUGGAGCUAACAUGCGACAAGCAUCGGGCAGAAUUGGUGACUUCACCCUCUCUUGAAGAAAUUAUUCACUAUGACUUGUGGGCGCGAGAAUAUGCCGCCAGUUUGCAGCCCUCUUCUGGUCUAAGUCCUGUUCUCGCAUGAUUGACAGCUUGGCCGUGCCAUGGUAGUACUAUGUGGGGGAUAAUUUUGUACUCUAGCCAUAAAACUGCUUGCCUUGCUGGGUUUUUUGUGGGGGAUUGGGCUAGUAUGUCAAACACAUUGUCAAGACAGGCAACCAAAAUGUAUGUGUUCCCCCUUCCAUGCAUAAUGAUUGUGCAAUUGCUGUCUUUACUCUUGAAGAAAGUUGAAGUGAAAUUAGUUUUCAAAGUCACUAAGGGGAAGAGUCGAUUAGGAAAAAAGAAAAGAAAAUGAAAUUGCAUUUUGUAUACAAGAAAUAAAAUUUCAUUUGCUUUCACUUUUCAA